AUGAAUCAACCAAUUGUUGAAUUUUGGAAGAAAGUAGUAAGCAGCUCAAUCAUUAUCAACAAGCCAGCAAGUGAGGUGUUUGAAUAUAUAACCAAGAGAGAACACUAUCCAAUUGGAAUGGUUGUCAAGUGGGAAUCUCUCGGAAAUGGCUUGGAUUUGGAGGAAGUAUUCGCCAAGAGAUUAGUUACUGAUCCAAAUGCAAUUUUAACACCACACUUGGAACAAAUACCAUUCAGAGUUUCAAUUCUCACUGAGGAUAAUGUGAUGAAUGCUCGAUUGUGGAAGUGGCACGUGUCAAAACAAGAUGAGAAGGAAGAGUUUAUCUUUGGAUGGAAGGGAAUUGUUGGAUUCAAAUGGUUUCCAAUAUUUAGCGGAGAGCAUACAUUCCAAGUGGUAGAAGAGAGUGAGAAUUCAUGUCGAUUGGUGCAUUCUGAAAGAUUUGGUGGCUUGCUAGGUCACUUGUGGAUGAUUUACUUGAAAUUGAGCAAGUUUAGAAAUCACUUUUCAGAAUAUAAUUCAAUUGUAAGGAAGAGGCUCGAAUAA